AUGGAAGAAUCAUCAAUUCAUAAGCUCCCCAAAGCCCUCUUCCACGACAUACUUUCCAGGCAACCCAUACAAACUCUCCAGGAAUGCAAACUCGUAUCACGAUCCUGGCUCGCCUCAAUCAACGAUCCAGCUUUCCAUAACCUCCACCUUUCCACUGCAGAUGAAUCUGAAUCCACCAUCUUUCUCUUGGUCUUCUCAGACUGGCCAAAACCCAAGCUCCAGCUCGCAGAACUUGGCGCCACAGAGGAGGAGACAGCCAAAACGGUGAAGAUCAUCCAGUUGGAUGGAUCAAUGUUGUUACCUGACUUUGAUCUGGUGGGUUCUUGCAAUGGAAUCCUCUGUCUGUACAACACCGUCUCCGACGAUCCACUCUACAUCUACAACCCUUUCUCCAGCUCUGCACAUUGCAAGGAGCUCCCCAAGCUCACGGUUCAUGACACUGACACAAUCUGCAGGGUGGUGUUUGGGUUCGGAUUCCAUUCGCGGACAAAGCAGUACAAGGUAGUGAAAGUCGUGUACUACAAGCAAUCGGAGUACGACUUCUCUGGAGGAAACCCUGAAGCCUUUGUGCUGACUCUGGGGACAGAUGAUGAUGAGUGGAGACGACUGGGGCGAAUCGCAUACGCUCUCGCUGGUCCAGCAUCCGAGGCAACGGUGGAAUGCAGACUUCACUGGAAGAGCUGUAACCUGGGAGAUGAAGGUGUGGUGUCGUUUGACUUGGAAGCUGAGGAGUUCCAGGCCGUGCCUGGACCGAAAGACUGCAGCAGCUUUGAUCAUCUGGUGAAUAUGAGAGGUCGUCUCUGUGCUGUCGAGUUGAGCAGCGAUGGAUCGGUUGGAGUGUGGGUGAUGAGAAGGUACUGUGUGAAGGAAUCUUGGAGCAAAGAGUUUGCCAUCCCGAGCCAUGUCCCUCGGAGUUAUAGUAUGGAGGGCGGGGCGCCACCAACUAGGAGGAAGAAGAAUGGGAUCAAAGGGAGGUCAUUCAAAGUUCUGUGGGAGUUUAAGGAUGGCAAGGUUCUGUUUCUUUAUAGGAGCAAGUGUCUGGUGGUUUAUGAUCAGGGUAGUGGAGGGUUUGAGGACGUCUGCAUUCGAGGGCUUCCCCAGGAAUUUCAGGCAUUUGUUCAUAUGGGAACUCUAAUCUCCAUGGAUCCAGUUAGCAACGCUCAGCAUAGAGCAUAA